UAUUGUUUGCUGGAUAGCAUUUGAAUUCCACAAAGACAUUUUACAGUGGAGCAAAUCUUCCAGUUGGGUACUUGGACAAGACCCUUAAUGCUACUGCCUGACCUCAUUACUCUCAGAUGUAAGUCUCUUUGGAGAAAAGCGUCUGCUAAAUGACUGUAGAAUAGAAUAGAGUAGAAUAGAAUAGAACAGCUCCUGCAGGGUUAAUCCGGAUCAGUAUAAGUGAUCUAGAACAACUAUUACAGGCUGUAGGGGUUUUCUUGCUCAUUAAUCCAUCUACAUCCAGAACCAAGCUGUUCUGGAUCAGUAUGAUUGGUUCCCCUGAUGAUCUCAGCGACCUUAAAUCAAACAUUUAACUAAUUAUUCUGUUUAUGGAGGAAUGUGAACAUGGAUGAGAGAGCUCCACACAAACAGAGGAAGAGAGGGAGGCUUCCUUCCAGAUGACUUCACAGGAAAAACAUGAGCGAGUCACAUUCAGUUACGCUCUCUCGCUCUCUCUCUAAACACAAACAGCCCCUCCUGCCCCGUCACCAUGGUAACCUCCCCCCCUUUCCACUGGGUGGGGUAAAGAGACACUGUGCUUGAGGCUGUAGAGCAGAGAGCGAGUUAACCCUUUCAGCUGCUCUGUUUACUUCCAUGUUUACUGCCACUGAUCGUUGGGAUGGAUGUUUACUCUGUUCAGCUCUAACUGUAAACAGGAAACAGCUGGAGUUGUUUACUUUUAGAGUUUCCUGUUGGUCAGCAGUAAAGGUUCAGUCUGUCUGAAUGUCAGCAGUGAAGGAGUUAAAGGUGUGGACAUUUCCAGUCAGGAAGUUUGCUGGAAAGUUUUCCUCGGAACAACCAAUCAGAGCGCAGACAGGCAGCAGGCAGGCGAGUCUCCGCCGUUUUCUGCUGCAGGGAGAGUCUGAGAACUUUUUACAGUUUUUCCUUUGACGGUGUCGACAUGGUGACCACUGAGACCCACCAGAGCCAGGACCUGAUGGUCCCCCUCCAAAACCAGGACCAACAGGAGCAGCAGGCGCAGCAGGAGCAACAGGAGCUGCUGGAGGAGGACCAGGCCUCGCCCUCCUCACCUUUAGCAGCAUUCGACUUGGAGAAAAUGAGUCAGGGUCCCGUCAACGCCAUCACGGUCCUCACACUGCUGGACAAGCUGGUCAACAUGCUGGAUGCCGUGCAGGAGAACCAGUAUAAGAUGGAGGGGCACCAGGUGGAGAUGGAGGGCGUGGUCCGAGGGAUCCAGGCCGAUAUGACCAGACUGUCCAAGAGUCACAGCCACACCUCGAACACAGUCAGCAAACUGCUGGACAAGAGCCGCAAGCUGUCUGUCACCAUGAAGGAGGUCCGUGACAGGAUGGAGCGUCAGGGCGCCCAGGUGAAGAAGCUGGAGGUAAACCACGCCCACCUGAUCAGCAGGAACAACUUCAGAGUGCUCAUCUUCCAGGAGGAGAACGAGAUCCCUGCCACGGUUUUUGUGAAGGACCCUCCUCCUUUUCCUCGAGAUGAGAUUUUGGAGGAAAGUGGGGAAUCUGCUCCAGGAAUCAAUGAAGGCAACCAAGAAGAUGGCCUCCAUACCAUCGACCUGUCGUCUGAUGAAGAUGUAGGCCUGGAGGCAGACCUGGAGGAAGAGGACGUGUGGCCUCAUGAUCUGGAGAACAUGGAAAAAUCCAGAGCUGAGAAACUGAAACGAUCCAGUCUGAAGAAGGUGGACAGUCUGAAGAAGGCGUUCUCCAGGCAGAACAUUGAGAAGAAGAUGACCAAGAUCGGAACCAAGAUUGUUUCUGCAGAACAGCGAGAGAAGAUCAAACAGAAAACUUCUAGCCUGAAGGUUUCACCGCUGACGUUCAGUAUUAGGAAGCCUCGCAGCAGUUCGGACUCUCAGCCUCCAGACUCUGCUCAGACCACCGAGGCCGACACCCAGCUUUCCCUGCCUGGUUCCAGCGAGCAGGAGGUCCCCUUCACUGAAGUCCAUGCCCAGCUGGCCCCAGCUGAGCAGGAGGAGGUGGUGAAGGAGGAGGUGAAGAAGGAGGUGGAGGAGGAGUUGCAAGAGGAGAUGAAAGAGAAGGUGGAGGAGGGUUCUGUUGUGGUAGAAGGUGAUGUGUCAGUGGUCUCAGAAGGGGUCAGUGAGGAGUAUGCUCUGUCCUCCACCCUCCCUCAGCAGGAGAACGUAGAGGAGAGAGGAGCAGAGCAGGAGCAACACUAAAUACUCACCAACAUUCAGGAAGCAAAUCAAAUCUGAGCAGCCAGUCAGAGCCCAGAACUCCUCAUGUUGGCUCCACCAACAUGAGGAAGGCGAAGAACAAGUAGAAAAAUCUUCCAUGUUCAGUUCUCCAAAACGUUUCCUUUCUUAGGCUCUCCAAACAUUUCCCAACUUUCUCCCAAUAUUCCCCAAUGCUCUCCAAGCAUUCUCCCUACGUUCUCCAACGUUCUUCAAGUGUUCUCUAAAUGUUCUUUCAACAUUCUCUGUACAUUCUCCAAAUGUUGGGGGAAACGUUCCACCAUGUUAAUGGCAAAUUUCUAGGUUCAAGCUAGUUUUCUAAAUUCUUCAACUGAACAGAUAAAAUGUAAAGAGACAGGGUUCCUUUGGUUCUGUUUUUUCAUUACUCCUGACUGACAUACAAUCAGUCGAUAAGGCUCAUCAAGAACCCACAGAAACCUGAAGACAUUUACACCAAAGCAGUCUAGCGAUGGUCCAAACCUCCACCUGUCAGUCAGAGCUCAGGGACCGCCGAGCCAAAGGUUGUGCUACACAGUCCCCAUCACAUUCCCCGAAGGUUGAACUGCAAGGUUCUCCAAGCUCACAGAGAAGGGCUGUCAGAGUUCUCAGGACGUCCUGGUGAAGUUUACUAAUGUUUUACUUCAGUUCAUGUGAGGUUUUCACGUUCUUAGGGGACCGGUUUCUCCACAGGGUUCUCAUGGGGUUCCUCCAGUGUCCUUGUGUAAUAUGACUCAGAUGAGCGUUAUCUGAAGGUUCCCUCGGUGUUCCAGCUUAUGUUAAUCUGAGCUUCUUCUGGAGAACCCUGUCUUCACUCAGCUGGCUCCAUGAGUCCAGAUUACUGUUGGUAAGCACAACCUGAUCCGGCACGACUUCCUCUGUUACUGAAGGACAAGAUCUACAAGUCUGGUGACCAGGAGGACACUGAAGUGACAUGUUCCUCUGGUUCUCCCACUGAUCUUCCUCACAUUUCCACUGUUACGUAACAGUUCCAGAUAUACCAAGUUCUUCCAAAUUUGUUCCAAAAAUAUUUUUUAGAGCAAGAUCCAGGUCAGGUUCUUUAUAUCUGUUCCACUAGUUCUGCUGAGGUCAACUAAACUUUUUUUUUAUUUUAGUUCCUAAAAGAUUUCCCUAAUAUUCCUGUUUUUGAUCUCAACGUUCCACAAACUCCAGCAUUCCCAGAGUUUAGCAAACCUUCGGCAUUCCUCCAACAAGUGGCCUUGAUGUUGUCUCCACGUUCCUCCGCCCUUUCUGUAACGUUCCAGAUGUUCUCCUGAGGCUUGUCUGGUUUUUGAUUUAGUUGAAUUUGAUUGUGUUCCUGAUGUUCUGAUACAUGUUUGCAACCAGCUGAUUAUUUUAAAUGAUCAGCAUCUGUGUUCCUUAUUGAUUCUGCUGAUCAAUAACGGCUGAUGUUUCUGUUCAUGUUGCUGUAUUAAUAACCAUGCAGGUGAUGAUUGAACAAACCCCAUCAGCCUAAUUGAUCCACUGUUUAAAACAAUUGUUUUUUCUUCUAACACAAAGUGUUUGUGCUGCCAAAGAAUAUUUCCUGUGUUGAUCACCUGAACGCCACAUAUAAUCAAUAAAGUCUGUAACACCA